AUGAUGACAUCAAACAUAUUAUCCCGUUUCCUUCCUCCGAACGGCUCGCCAUCGGUGUACGAAACGCUUCGGCGACAGGACGCGGAAUCGAAUCCUUCGGAUGUUGAGGAACGUGCAGGAUUAGAAUUCGAAGAUGAUCGGAGGACUCAAUUUAGUGACCGUGAGUUGGAGGAGGCCAUGGUACACGCUGCGAGAGACGGCAUACAGAGCCCUAGUCCGAGCCCGAGCGAGCCGUUCCUGACUCAACGGAGCCCACAAAGAACCUCCGGCACAGCAACAGCUAAAUCUGGUUCCCGGCGGCGGAAACACAGCCGUCCUCGGUGGAUGCACCAGGACCCCGACGACGGUGAUGAUGAUGUGCCUCCCUCCCUCCUAGUAGAAGGACACCAGGAUGACGACGAGAUGAAGUCCCGACUGCCCCCCCUCCUCCUUCUCAUCACCACCCGCAGCGAGAACAUUCUCCUGCCCCUGGUCCUUCAUCGCGUGCAGAUCAGGCUCGUUGGAACACAACAAGGGAACAGCUGCCGCUCCACAAUGAUCGCAGGGGGCAACGUCCCGGGGCAAUCUGGUCGCUGGGACAUCCCAACCUGGCCACAGUAG